CGGAGGAGGAGCGGGAGGAGGAGCGGGAGGAGGUAUGGGAAAAGGAGCGGGAAAAGGAGGAGUGGGAGGAGGAGCGGGAACAGGGGAAGAAGGAGCGGGAGGGGAAAUGCGACGGGGCGGAGGAGCCGUGGGAGGAGGAGCUGGAGAAGGCGGAGCGGCAAGGGAAACGGGAAGGGGGUUAGGAGCGGGAGAAGGAGCACGAGGAGAAACGGGAAGGGGCGGAGGAGGCGUGGGAGGAGGGGGAGGAGAUAUAGGCGGAGGAGGAGAAGCGGGAGGAGCACGAGGACGAGCGGGAGAAGGAGUGGCAGGAGGAACGGGGGAAAGAGCAGGGGAAGCAGCGGGAAAAGGAGAAGCAGCAGGGGGGAGAGCGGGAGAAGGAGGAGGAGGAGGAGAAGGAGGAGCAACAGAAGAACGAGCGGGAGCAGGUUUAUGGCGGGAUCUUUGUCACGUUAUUUGGUGGAGGAGUGAGAGGGGGGGAAGGAGGAGGAGGAAGAGGAGUGGGAGGAGCGGUGUCGCGCGCGGCGGUCCCUCACCCAGACGUAAAGUAAAGUUUUUGGUGUUGGACCUCACGGUUGUGUCACGCAAGAGUUUCUUUUUGUUACUUUACGAAAACACCACUCCGACCGUACGCGCGUGCUAUACCUCUCGCGACUCCCUACAACAGGUUAGGGAUCCCGCGAGGUACACCAUACCUCCACCUGCGGGAGCUGUCACCAUCCCUUAGGUGGGCGUAUCCCUGCUGAGCUACUGACCCACGUACGAAGACUUUUACAUGCAAUCGCAGAGGUAGGCCAGCCGA